AUGUACCCCGAGCUUCGUAGUGAUUGCAGUUGCUUGCGCCUUGGUAUUCUCGACUGGUAUGUGAGCACAAAGAUCCUCUUGUAUAACUACAAGCGCUCGAUGAUUCCUGCGCUGGGUGAAUGCACGCAUGAGGAAAUCCUUGCCGACAUCCACAACAGCGAUGACGACAACGAAACUACAUCGCACAAGCGCAAGCAAGUGUAG